AGCAAAAAAGAUAAAGGAAAAAAAUCCUAACUGAAAGAACUUUUGAAAGUGUGGGAAACUAACGGCUUAUCUUCAACUUGCAGUUCUCCUUCUUUAUCUACUUCAAACCAAACUUAUCUUUUUUUCACUAAAGAGAAAUCACAGAAAAAUGGCUGCUUGUAAUUCUGAGAAAAGUAACAAAGUGAAUUUUGAAAUAAAAAUUCAAGAAUUACCAGAGUAUGUCGUUGGGAAAGAAGGCUUAAGAAAAAAGAUUCUUCAAAAGGGUAAUUCUUGGAAGACACCAUUACCUGGUGAUGAAAUCCAAGUUCAUUAUAGUGUGAAACUAGAAGAUGGGGAGAUUCUUGAUUCUAGCCAUGACAAAGGAAAACCUUUUGAAUUCAAGCUAGGACAAGGUGAAGUUAUUAAAGGAUGGGAUGAAGGAAUUGCUACAAUGAAAAAGAGUGAAAGAGCAAUAUUCACAAUUCCACCAAAUUUGGCAUAUGGAGAAACUGGUUCUCCUCCUCUAAUUCCUCCCAAUUCAACACUUGUUUUUGACAUAGAAUUGGUCUCUUGGAAUUCAGUUAGAGAUAUCACUGGAGAUGGAGGAAUAUUGAAGAAAAUAAUAAAAGAAGGUGAAGGCUGGGCUACACCUAAAGAUGUAGAUGAAGUAUUAGUGAAGUAUGUUGCAAGCUCUGCGGAUGGAAAAACUCUGUCAAGAUCUGAUGAUGGUGUAGAGUUUUCUUUAUUGGAUGGUUACCUCUUUCCAGCCAUGACGAAAUCUGUGAAGACAAUGAGAAAAGGAGAAAUAGCUGAGUUAACUGUGAAACCAGCUUAUUAUUUUGAUGGUGUUGGAAAUGGAAUAAAACAACCAAAUUUGAAUUUGAACAUUCAUCUUGAGCUGAUUUCAUGGAAAACUGUUGUUGAUGUUACUGGAGAUAAGAAGGUUCUUAAGAAGUUAAUUAAGGUUGGUGAAGGCUAUGAUCAUCCUAAUGAAGGAUCCCUUGUAAAAGUGGUUUAUAUUGCAAAGCUACAAGAUGGGACCGUAUUUGAAAGGAAAGGAUCAGAUGAUGAACCCUUUGAAUAUGUAUGUUUAGAAGGGCAAUUAAAUGAGGGUUUAGAUAGAGCUGUCAUGACAAUGAGAAAAGGAGAAGAAGCAAUAGCUACAAUCAGCUCAGAAUAUAUUCCUGGAUAUCAAAUAGAAGAAUUAGCAACUGCAGACUUUGUGCUUUAUGAGAUCAAAUUGGUUGAUUUCAACAAGGAGAAACCAUUUUGGAAGAUGGACACAAAGGAGAAAAUUGAAGCAUGUGAUAAAACUAAGAAUGAGGGAAAUGUACUAUUCAAAGAUGGAAAAUUUCAAUGUGCCUCAAGGAAGUAUGAGAAGGCAUUGAAAUUCAUCCAGUUUGAUCACUCGUUCAACGACGAUGAAAAGUGCCAAUCAAAUACUUUGCGAUUAUCGUGUUAUUUGAAUAAUGCUGCUUGUAAGUUGAAGAUUGGAGAGCAUCAAGAAGCUUCAAAACUAUGUAGCAAGGUUAUAGAGUAUGAUCCUCGCAAUGUUAAGGCUCUUUUUAGAAGGGCUCAAGCAUACCUGAGAAUCAAUGAAUUGGAAAAGGCUGAAAUUGAUAUUAGGAAAGCUCUUAAAGUUGAUCCAAACAACAGGAGGUCACAAGUUCGAGCUGUGGAAACAGUCUCUUGCAGAAAUGCAGGGUAAAGUUGCGUACAAUAGACCCUUGUGGUCCGGCCCUUCCCAAGACCCCGCGUAUAGGUGAAUUGCUUAGUGCACCGGGCUGCUUUUUUACUUUCCUCAAUGUGUUCUCAAAGUUUAACUGA